AUCAAAAGUGAAAUUAAAUUGCAACUACUGUAAUUUCUUUAUAAUUUAUAAGCUAUCUGAAAAUAUGUCUGUGACCUUUGCUCAACGCGGCAGGCCGCCGAAUCCUGCCCAAAUACAGAAGAUGCUUGAUGAAAAUAGUCAGCUUAUACAAACAAUACAAGAGUAUCAGAAUAAAGGAAAACCACAAGAAUGUAUACAGUACCAGCAGAUGCUACAUCGCAAUCUGGUUUAUUUGGCAUCUAUUGCUGAUGCAAAUCAGAAUAUACAAGCAUUAUUACCGCCUCCACAAGGAAUUCCUAAUGGUCCUCAACAUGCUAUGAUGAAUCCACAAGGCCUUCCAAAUGCUCCCACUGGAUCAGGUGGACCUGGAGGAGACAUGCCACCAAAUACUCAACCAACAUUGCCAAUGUCAAGCUUUAGUCAAGGACAGCCAAUAUCACAAGGUGGAUAUCGUGGUCCAGUUAUGCCUGGACAAGGACCUGCUAUAAAUAGACCACCUACUGCACCUGGACCACAACAGUAUAGAGGACCACAAGGAUAUCCUCAACAACCUUCUCAACAAGGUUACCCUGCUCAAUAUGCCAAUCAAAAUCCUGGCUCAAAUUACCAAGGGCCACAGGGAUCUACAUAUACUCCAGGACAACCAAAUCAAUAUGGGCCACCAAAUACUUCUCAGCAACAGGGAUAUAGCGCAUCAUCACAACCAAAUUAUGGUCCACCAACUACUGUGAACAGUUAUGGUCCUCAACCUGGUGGAUAUCCACCACCAGGAACAACACAACCUCCUACAGGAUAUGGUCCACCACCACCAAAUCAACAAGGUUACCCUCCUUCUAAUCCUUCUCAACAAAACUUUCCAUCAAGUGGACAACAACAACAACCUGGACAAUAUGGCAGUCCUAGCCCACAACCUAAUUAUCAACAACCUCCAUCCCAAGCUCCACCUCAAAAUGCAUAUGGAGGAGGUCAACCAGGAAAUUAUCCUCCCCCUUCUUCUCAAGCAUAUGCAAAUAAUGUUCCACCUCAAAAUUAUCCAGCUCCCCCUACAUCUAGUGCUCAACCUCCUCAACCUGGAUCUCAACAAAAUACCGGUCCCCAACCCACUUACGGUAAUCAACCGAGCCCUGGUCCAGGCGCAACACAGUAUGGUCCAGCUUCUACGUCUCCACCAUUUAGUACUGCCUCCGCAAGUGGAGUAAACACUUAUGCUCAAAGUAGCCAACCAACAAGUACACCAUCUGCUUCAACUCAAACUUAUCCACCAAGCAGUGGUCCACCACCUACUUCACAGGGCGGAAGUUACGCUCCUCCAGGCCCUGCUCCAUCUGGAUACCCUGUGCACCAAACACCACAUCCAACAUCGCAUCCACCACAUCAACCACCGCAUCAAUCUCCACAUCAACCGCCUCAUGCUCCUCAUCAACCACCUCAUCAGCCUUCUCAUCAGUCAACUCAUCAACCUCCUACACAUCAAUCUCCACAUCAACCUCAACAAUCUCAACAACAAUCUCAGACACCACCACAGUCACAACAGCAACAAUCUCAAAGUCCUGCUCCAAGUGGAUUUCAACCACCUUCAGGACCCCCACAGGGUCCUGCUCCACCCCCAGGACCACAACCACAACCCGGAUAUGGUCCGGCUACUACACAGACAUACGUACCACCGACACCAGGUGGACAACCACAGGUGUACACUCCCCACCCACCCCAAGGUGGUCAACAUUAUGGACAUCCACAAUAUCCUCCACAGAGUUAUCCACCACCAGGUCCAGCAGGUCAAGGAUAUCCCCAAUACCCCCCACGACCACCAGGUGGUCAUAUGCCUCCACCGCCAGGACCUCAGGGACCUCCACCACCAAAUCAGUAUGGGGGUUACGGAUAUCAACCGCCUCCACAAUAGAGUAUAUAUUAAUGUAAAUUCGUACAAUAUUCAUACUAAUAUAAAAAUGAUUUAACUACGAACUUGGAACAAAUGACAUAUAAAACUUUAAUUUAAUUCAUAAUAGCGUAUCGUCCAGUGUUACGUAAUGAGGCAAAUAAUAGAAAAUAUAUAUUACUAAGGAAAGGUGCUGCUACAUUUUCAUUACAAUCGUAAUGAAAAAUUAUUUAAAAUGAUCUUAAUAGUGUUAAUCUUUCCAAACAAAAU